AUGAUAGUUGAUGUUUCUCAUCCCUCAUUCGACGUCUCUACCCUCUCUAAACUUGGUUUUCCAUUCGAUCCCUUUUCCCUCCCAGUACACUCCGAUCACCUGAAAUCCUUCGCCAGACAUUUCGUUUCCAGUAGGCGCCGCCAUAUCCACUGCCAUCGAUCCCAUUCGUAUUUCCGGCGACACCCUCCCAUACCCCCAGUGCUAGCCUCCAACACCUUCUACACCGCUCUCGCACAACAGAGACUUUGGUUAGGUUAUGAGUUACAUUUGGUGGUGAUAGUGUUCAGGAAUGGCGGUGUGUACUGUGGUGACCGGAUAAACCCUGAAGAAGUUAUGGGGCCUGUUGUUAUAAAUGUCACCAUUGGCAUUGACCAUAGAGGGAACAAAACAUUGUAA